GGUCUUAAAUAAAAGAACAGGACUAGCGAGUCUUGCUACAACAAAGUGCAACUAUCAAGCGAUUCCAAUUUAAAUCGUUAAGGAACCUGCAUGUUUCCAAUACCAGCCAUAUGGUUAGUCAAUCAACUUUGCAAAAGCGUCCUUAAAGCAUUUUCACAUUGCAAGGUCUCGGAAUUCUAUUUAUGGAACUGGAGCACGAUUCUAGCAAGUCCUUGUAGCUGAUAAAUACAAAGUUUACACUACCUUUAGCUCUGAGAACGCUUUGUCAGUCGAUACUAUUGAGCCUAUAACAUGGGCUGCGUUUGCAUGAAGCAGCAACUCAAACAUAGAGAUAAAGCAGCCCUUGCAUCUCAAACCUGUUUUAAUGAAACUGAUAUUGAAGCUUUGUACCAGCUCUUCAGGAAAUUAAGCAAUUCUUUAGAUGAUGAUGGGCUGAUAAGUAAAGAAGAGUUUCAGCUUGGCUUAUUUAGAAACAGCAAGAAUCAGAGUCUCUUUGCGAACAGGGUCUUUCAACUAUUUGACUUAAACCAUAAUGGAGUCAUAGAAUUUGGAGAGUUUGUUCGAUCUCUGAGUUUUUUCCACCCAAAAGCACCCCUGGAAGAGAAAGUCAACUUCGCAUUUCUACUAUAUGAUAUAUGGCAAACAGGCUUCAUCGAACGGGAAGGGGUUAAGGAGAUGAUUUUGGCACUUCUAAGGGAAUCAGAGUUGAUUCUUUCUGAUGAAAUGAUUGAGAUCAUUAUUAAUAAGACAUUUGAGGAUGCAGAUUCGAAAAGAGAUGGAAAAAUUGAUAGGGAAGAGUGGAAUGAAUUUGUAGCUCGUAAUCCAUCCUUGCUAAAGAACAUGACAGUCCCAUAUCUGAUGGACAUUCCAACUGCAUUUCCCAGUUUCGUUAUGAGUUCAGACAUGGAUGAUGAUAUCAAUGGCAUCCUUUGAAAAGGACAACACUAACUACAAAGAAUGAAAUAUGUAUUAAUAUUUGCCAGAAUACAUCAAUUAACAAUUUGGCAAUGUCACAUUUACGCAAAAAUAAUAUCAGCUUUUACAAUCUUCUGA